GCGCGGACGCGGCGCUGGCGCAGCGAUGGCGGAGGCCGUGGAGCGCACUGACGAGCUGGUCCGCGAGUACCUGCUCUUCCGCGGCUUCACGCACACACUGCGGCAGCUGGACGCCGAGAUCAAGGCGGACAAGGAGAAGGGGUUCCGGGUGGACAAGAUUGUGGACCAGCUGCAGCAGUUAAUGCAGGUGUAUGACUUGGCUGCCCUUCGGGAUUAUUGGAGCUACUUAGAGCGGCGGCUCUUCAGCCGCUUGGAGGAUAUAUAUAGACCCAUCAACAAACUGAAAACCAGCUUGUUCCGCUUUUAUCUCGUCUACACAAUCCAGACAAACAGAAACGACAAGGCUCAGGAGUUCUUUGCAAAGCAGGCCACGGAGCUCCAGAACCAGGCUGAAUGGAAGGAUUGGUUUGCCUUGCCCUUCUUGCCAUCCCCAGACACCAACCCCACCUUUGCUACCUACUUUUCUCGACAGUGGGCUGACACCUUCAUUGUGUCCCUGCACAACUUCCUGAGCGUCCUAUUUCAGUGUAUGCCAGUUCCCGUGAUCCUGAACUUCGACGCGGAGUGCCAGCGGACCAACCAGGUCCAAGGAAAUGAGGUUCUGCGCCAGAAGCUUUUUGCAUUGCAAGCCGAAAUCCACCGACUAAAGAAAGAGGAGCAACAGCCAGAAGAGGAAGAGGCCUUGGUCCAACACAAAUUGCCUCCGUAUGUCUCCAACAUGGACCGUUUUGGGGACUCGGAACUAGCCAUGGUGUGCAACCAGAGGAACACCUCCCUCUCUCAGUCACCUCGGGCUCUCCUGUCCUCGCUGCUGCCACAGAGUAAGAAGAGCCCUUCAAGGUUGUCACCUGCUCAGGGGCCCCCUCAGAUUCAGAGCUCGGCCAAGAAAGACUCCUUCAGCAGCCAG